AUGACUAGAGGCAAUAGAGCUGAGUGGGAUUGCACCAUGCUGUUUUAUGCCAUUCUUUUUUCCGAUUGCAUCCAUAGUCUCAAUCCAGUCGUCUGGUCAAAUGUGGAUAAACUCAGGCUGUUUCGGAACGAAGAGUUCGCUCAUAUCGCACGAGGUCACCUCUCAGAUGUAGAGUUUCAAAAUGCCAUUAGCAAAGUGGAAAAUGCAUUUUUAGCUCUCGGUCUUUCCACUGUGAAAAUUCAAGACGUAAAAACCCAAACAUGUUUUCCCACAGAGCAGUUGAUACAUGUUUUGAAGAAGGUGGACGACCUCAAGCAGAAGGGUCAGGAGAAAGAGAAAGAAGUUCAGGAGAAAGACAAAAAUCUUCAAGAAAAGGAAGGAGCAAUUCAGGAAAAAAACAAGAGAGUACAUGAGACAGCAAAGGAACUUCGGGAAAAAGAGGAAGAAAGAAAAACUCUUGAAGAACAGUUAAACAGCAAUGUUUCUUCAUUUUGCAUUCUUCCUCCUAAGCCUUCUCAUGAUGUCACAAAUCGGGAUGCUGACGUGUGUGAGAUUAUACAAAAGCUAAAAGAGCUAAAAAAGUCUGCAGGAUUAAGCUACUUGUUCAUAUCUGGAAAUCCUGGAAGUGGUAAAUCGCAGAUGGCCUCACUCGUAGCCAAGCGUUGCUUUGACGCGGUCAAAGAAAGCACAUCUACUGCAUCGUUCGUAAUGACACUGAAUGCUGAAAACUCUAAAACACUUUUGGAAUCGUACGCCACUUUCGCUCGACAUCUGAAGUGUCCAGAAUAUGCUGUCACUAACACAUUUACCUCCACAGAUUUGAGUACAGAUGAGAAGAUCAGAAGUCUAAAAACAUUGAUCAGCACAAAAAUCGAGCUGUACUCAUCGUGGCUAAUUAUAGUUGAUAACGUCACCAGCAUGUCUCAUGUGGAUGGUAAUUUACCUGAUUCGGGAAAUGGGCAGUGGGCAAAGGGCCAGUUGUUAAUAACAACACAGGACACCGCGUCUAUCCCGCCGUCAGGUUUAUUUAUUCAACAUAUUCCAGUCAGCAAAGGUAUGGAGCCUCAUGAAGCCGGCUGCCUAUUGGAAAUGCUUUCUGGUUUUAAUGACCCUAAGAUGGAAAAAGAAGUUGCUCGGGUAUUAGACUACCAACCACUUGCCCUGGCAAGCGCUGCCACCUAUGUGAGAGAAGUAAGAAACAACAAAUUAACUCCCAAUUUUAGUUAG